CUGAUUUUAUGCGCGUGCAGACAUGCAUGUGCACUAGUGCAUAUUUGCAAAUGCGUGGUACCUGCCAAGAUAAAUGCAUGCACGGAUGUGUGUCUUAAGCAAGCAAGCGCGCGGCGGUGCAAGUGUGUGUGUGUGUGUGUAUGUGUGUGCGUUCCACUCCCAGCUCUGCUCAUCUUGGUGCCCGGCCCCCUUAGCUCUCUAAGCCCCACCCACCACCCCUCUGGGCUUCGCUUUUACAAAAGGUCCCCCUAGUGCUAGCUGCCGAGGCGCCCAGAGUGAGCUAGACCGCGGCUGGAGCGGCAGCCCCGGCUCUGCGCCCCGCCCAGUCCCUUUCCCCUGCUGGGGAUCCCCCUCUUCCCCGCCCACCCCUUACCCCCCAUGCAGCCCGGCGCCCUACGCUAGCCCUCCCCCUCCCCCCCUCCAGGAGCGGGGCGCCGCCGGGGGAGGAGGGGGAAUCGGCCGCGGGUUCUCGGUGUUCCCAGCACCCAGCUUCCCUCCAAGCCGGGUCGCGAUGUACGACUGCAUGGAAACAUUUGCCCCGGGUCCGCGACGGCUGUACGGGGCAGGCGGACCCGGGGCUGGCUUGCUGCGCAGAGCCGCCGGCAGCUCCUGUUUCGCCGGACUCGAGUCUUUUGCCUGGCCGCAACCCGCCAGUCUGCAGUCGGUGGAGACGCAGAGCACUAGCUCAGAGGAGAUGGUGCCAAGCUCGCCCUCACCCCCGCCGCCUCCCCGGGUCUACAAGCCGUGCUUCGUGUGCAAUGACAAGUCCUCUGGCUACCACUAUGGGGUCAGCUCUUGUGAAGGCUGCAAGGGCUUCUUCCGUCGCAGCAUCCAGAAGAACAUGGUGUACACAUGUCACCGCGACAAAAACUGUAUCAUCAACAAGGUGACCCGGAAUCGUUGCCAGUACUGCCGGCUACAGAAAUGCUUUGAAGUUGGCAUGUCCAAGGAAGCCGUACGGAAUGAUCGCAACAAGAAGAAGAAAGAGGUAAAGGAAGAAGGGUCGCUUGACAGCUAUGAGCUGAGCCCCCAGUUAGAAGAGCUCAUCACCAAGGUCAGCAAGGCCCAUCAGGAGACCUUCCCCUCGCUCUGCCAGCUGGGCAAGUACACCACGAACUCCAGUGCAGACCACCGGGUGCAGCUGGAUCUGGGGCUGUGGGACAAGUUCAGUGAGCUGGCCACCAAGUGCAUCAUCAAGAUCGUGGAGUUUGCCAAGCGGUUACCUGGCUUCACCGGUCUCAGCAUUGCUGACCAGAUCACUCUGCUCAAGGCUGCCUGCCUGGACAUCCUGAUGCUGCGGAUCUGCACAAGGUACACCCCAGAGCAGGACACUAUGACCUUCUCCGAUGGGCUGACCCUGAACCGGACUCAGAUGCACAAUGCCGGCUUCGGGCCCCUCACAGACCUCGUCUUUGCCUUCGCUGGGCAGCUCCUGCCACUGGAGAUGGACGACACAGAGACAGGCCUGCUCAGCGCCAUCUGCCUCAUCUGCGGAGACCGCAUGGACCUGGAGGAGCCUGAGAAAGUGGACAAGCUGCAGGAACCGCUGCUCGAAGCCCUGAGGCUCUAUGCCCGGCGCCGGCGGCCCAGUCAGCCCUACAUGUUCCCCAGGAUGCUCAUGAAGAUCACUGACCUCCGGGGCAUCAGCACCAAGGGAGCAGAAAGGGCCAUUACCCUGAAGAUGGAGAUUCCAGGCCCGAUGCCUCCCCUGAUCCGAGAAAUGCUGGAGAACCCCGAAAUGUUUGAGGACGACUCCUCGCAGCCUGGCCCUCACCCCAAGGCCUCCAGCGAGGAUGAGGUUCCUGGGGGCCAGGGCAGAGGGGCCCGCAGCCCCCAUCCUGACCAGGGUCUCUGACUUCCCCUGCCUUGGGGGUUGGGGCUCCAGGCAGCAGACUGACCAUCUCCCAGACACCGCCAGUGGCUGGGGGAGGACCUGCUCUGCCCUCUCCCCACCCCUUCCAAUGAGCUCCUUGUUUUUGCCAAAGUUUCCAGGGGUGCCUCUGUGUUCAUCCCCAUCUUGCUCUAACCGGCUCCCUCUCCAGUCCUGGGGGCCUGCCCUGUUCCCUCCAGGAGAGAGGGCAGAGGGGUGAGCCUGGGUUUGGACUCUGAAAUCUUAGCACUGCCCCUCAGACACCAGGGUCCAGGCUCCCCAGGGCAGGAGGAAGACCCUUCAUUCCACAGCCCCUUCCUCUGCUGGGUGCUUAGGCCUCUGGGAGCAAACAGGAACACUAGAGACCAAAAGGGGGCCGUAGGGGGAGGGCUGAGCCCACCCUCUUGCCCCUGUCCUUGGUGCCUAAUGCUGCGUGAGGCACCUGCCAGGUGCAUCCUGCCCGCUGUGCCCCAUCCUCAUGCCAGGUCAGAGUGGGGCAGCCCGGGCCCUGCAUUUCUGUUGGGGGGUGCAGAGGGUGACAGGGACAGAUGUGGAUCGCUCCGCACCUCUUCACUGGGGCCUCCGUUACAAGCCCCUCCCCCAGCCCUGUCACGUGCCUUGGGCCCCCCCUGCCCCUCAUCUCAGCCUUGGGGCAGGGACCCUCCUACACUACAGAGGGGCCAGGGGAUCCCUCUCCCCCUAGUGCCUUCCCCCUUGAUCCCCCAGAGCAGCUUGGCCCAGGGAGAGGUGGGGUGGGCACUGCUUAGCUGAUCCCGCCCUGACCCAGAGGAAGCCUCUAUUUAUUUAUUAGCUUUUGUUUACACCCUGGAAUUGACCCCUUCCUCCAGGGGACUUGGGAGGGGGAGCCCAGGGCCCCUGUGACCCCUCCCUUCCUCCAAUCCCCAGUUUGUAUUUAGCUGCCAAAUAAGAUUCCCACUGGCUCCCCUUUUUCUCUGGGGGGUCCGGGUGCUGUCCCCUCCCCUCUGUUUACAUCUCUCCUCCACCCCCCACCCCCGCCCCGCUGUAUCGCAUAUUGCUGAGUUUUCUAUUUUUGCAAAAUAAAGUGAUGGAAACUCAUG